GCGUGCCAUUGACACGUCGGCGCCCACGACAACUGAUCAGUGGCAGGGAGCACAGGUGACUACAGACCUUAGCGAGCAGCAAGAAGGGCAUGCGAUGAUCAGUUCGCCAAGUUGGUUGUAGCACAAGCUCGUCGAAGCGAUUGCUGCGAGCCAAUAUGGUAGCAGAUCCUACCAAGGCAUCAGCACUCGUGAGCGAGGACACAGCGGGCUCUCGAGGUUUAGAGAGCGAUAUCGAGCUCAUAGACGAAGAACGACAACUUCUCUCCUCGCUCAAGUCGCACACUCCACCGGCAGGCAGCACAGCGCCCAGGCGAGCGCCGCCAGGUUACUCAGAUAGGCAUAGGCUUUCGACUCAGCAUGAGGUAGAAGGGGAAGACGAGGAGGAGGAGGACGAUGUGGAUGCCCUACAUUGGGAUAACACACCAAGAGCGACUUCCGGCAAGAGAGACGAUGCAGAGGGCAAAUACGCGCAGAUUGGCUCGAAUGCCUCGACGCAAGCUGGCUUGUCCAAAGCCGAACGGACGAGACUCUAUUGGCGUACAGCCAUCAUCAAUGUCAUCUUCAUCCUUCUAUGGUACACCUUUUCGACCUUGAUCUCAGUCUACAACAAAUGGAUGUUCUCACCAGAGCAUUAUGGGUUCCCGUACCCGCUCUUCGUAACGUCAAUCCACAUGUGCAUUCAAUUCGGUCUCUGCUCGCUCGUCAUGGCCGUCGUACCCUCAUUACGGCCGAAGAACAGACCUGCUCUAGUAGACUACGGGACAAAGGUCGUGCCUUGUGCGGUGGCAACAGGCAUGGAUAUUGGCCUGUCCAAUCUCUCCCUCAAGACAAUCACGCUCUCCUUUUACACAAUGUGCAAGUCUUCAACGCUGGGAUUCGUGCUGCUCUUUGCGUUCCUGUUCCGGCUUGAGAAACCGACCUGGAAGCUCUGCGCCGUCAUCGUCAUCAUCACCGCCGGUGUGAUCCUCAUGGUCUCCACAGAGACUCAAUUCCACCUGGUAGGCAUGAUCGAGGUCCUCACCGCUUCGGCACUGUCAGGAUUUAGAUGGGCACUCACCCAGAUCCUACUCCAAUCUCGCAAAGACUCGAUGGGCAUGGGCAACCCUAUUGCCACGCUCUUCUGGCUCGCACCCGUCAUGGCUGUCAGUCUGGCUCUCUGCUCGAUCAUAUUCGAAGGAUGGGGCAACAUUUUCGGCAACGAGAAGUUUUUCGGGUCCACACAGCUCACUUUCAAUACGAUUGGCAUCUCUAUCUUUCCUGGCAUACUCGCAUUUUGCAUGAACGUCGCCGAAUUUGGACUGAUCAAGCGGACGUCUGUCGUCACCUUAUCCGUCGCCGGUAUCUUCAAGGAGACUGCGACAAUCUUCUUGUCGACCAUCAUUUUUGGUGAUGAACUCAUGCCGCUCAAUAUCUCUGGCCUUAUCAUCACUAUUGGAGGCAUCUCGCUUUACAAUUGGAUCAAGUACAAAGCCUACGAUCAAAAGCUAGCCACUGGUGAAGAUGCAAGCAUGACCGAUCGGCCGAAUUCACGAGGACAUGUGGCUCUGUCGCAAUCGAGCCCCGAAGAAACUCUGUUCCUCGCAAACAGAGGAGAAGAGACAAUCUUUUCUGCAAACAGGAGCGCAUACGAUGCGCCGUCUGCGGGUGCGCAUACACUCGGAGACGACGACAGCGAUGAUGAAGCUGCACAUCUGCAUAGGGCGGUGCGUGAGCCCGAGCACCCAAUACCGAACCUCAAAGAAGAGCUAGAGCGCGAUCCCGCAAUCCGACGACUAGACGCGGCACAGGCCAAGCUCGAGCGAUCACUAGAUCAAGGCAUUCAUCACGAGGCAUCAGACACGACUCGGAGCUCCGAUGAUGAGGAGUGGCAAAUGGCCUGGGAAGGCUCCGGAACAAAGUCGACCGGCAAUGGCAUUAUAGACCCUCAAGAUGAAUCACCGUGAUGCAAUCGCUUGUGUACACGCAUACUGUUGUGAUGUAUUGAUAUAGUGCAGAGCGAUCUAGCGAGGCCCAAACGACUUUGUGCCUUUUCCAAACGAGGCAGACUUUCCAUCUUCGUAGACGAAUGUGAGACCAUAGUCGAUAUUCGCAGCUGCCAUGAUAGCUUCGUCGUCCAUCUCGGGCACGAGGGACUCGCGAAGAGGAUCAUAAGGACCGCCAACCGACU